UCACACUAAUUCUGACAAACCGAAUGAUUCACCAAUAAAAACAACGUAAAUUUAUCAAAUUCACCUGCUCAGGUUGCAAACCAACUGCCAGAAACUCUUUCGGUUCUUCAUUCGCUUUAGUAAAUCCAUCAAGCUGGGUAACGACAUGUCUACGAGUAAUAUGGAAAAACAUCUUUUCAAUCUAAAGUUUGCUGUAAAAGAGCUGGAGCGCAACUCUAAGAAAUGCGAGAAGGAGGAAAAACUGGAGAAGGUGAAGGCCAAGAAGGCGAUCCAGAAGGGCAACAUGGACGUUGCCCGCAUCCACGCAGAGAACGCCAUUCGCCAGAAAAACCAGGCGGUUAACUACCUCCGGAUGAGCGCCCGCGUGGAUGCGGUGGCCAGCAGGGUCCAGUCCGCCCUCACCACCCGCAAGGUCACCGGCUCCAUGGCCGGCGUGGUCAAGGCCAUGGACGCGGCCAUGAAAGGCAUGAACCUGGAGAAAAUCUCCUCGCUGAUGGAGAAGUUCGAGUCGCAGUUCGAGGACCUUGACGUCCAGAGUUCCGUGAUGGAGGGCACUAUGUCCGACACUGUCACCACCUCUGUGCCCCAGGGCGAUGUCGACAACCUGCUGCAGCAAGUGGCCGACGAGGCUGGUUUGGAGCUCAACAUGGAGCUACCCAGCGGAGUGCAAAGCCAGACGGUUGGAGCCUCGACGGCCGUGUCCCAGGAGCAGGACGAGCUCACCCAGCGACUGGCUCGCCUUCGCCAAGCGGAAUAGAUCAAGCGAAGCCCUGUCCGUUGAAUUUCUCUGUUUUAGCAAUUAAGUAUAAAUCCAAAAUAUAAAUAAGUUUAAAUCCA